AUGACGAUUUACCAGCUGCAAUCUCAUUUAAUUCAAAGCUUUAUAGUUAAUGAAAAUGAUGAUGAUGAUGAUGAUGAUGAUUAUGAUGAUGAUGAAAAGAAUGACGAUAUAAAAAUCGUCACAUUUAUUGAACCUACUUCUACUACUUCUCAAUCCAACACGAACAAGUCUGAAUACGCUUUUGAGAGAACACUUAAUAAUUUUAAUGAUGAUGCUAAUUUAAUGAUGAUGGAAUCUACAUCUAAGCUCUUCUCCUUCAUGCAGUGUUGGUGUCCUUUGUUCGAUGAAAUGAUAACGACAAUGUUGACGACGAUCAAUGAAUGCAGACAACAAAAUCAACAACAAAAGCAGCAGCAGCAACAAAUAAAACAACAACAACCGAAACAAAAGCAGCAGUCAGAUAAUGAUUACAUUAGCAGCAAUGACGAUGAUGACACAGGCUAUAUGAUGAUAUCAAAUGAAAUGCAAUUAAAAUGUCAAAAAUCAUUGUUACAAUCGUUUAAAGAGUCUGAUCAACAAUCAGGGAUUGUAUCCAAUAAUAGCUGUAAUACUAUUACUAAAAUUAAUGACCAAAUUCAUAAGGAUAAAGAUAGCGUUAAGGACAAAAAUUGCUACAGUAACUCAUUAACAAAAAAAUAUGAAAAUGAAUCAAACAUCAACAAUGAGAGCAUUGUUGAAUCCACUACCACAAUCAACAAUAGCAACAAAAACAUAAAUACAUCAUCAUUAGUUGAUAAGAAGAAGUCGUCAUGCCACCAACACAUCGUUCCAUCCACUGUUAAGCAAUUUACUUCAAUUGAUGAGAUGAUUGAGUGCCAAGAUCGUGAAAGAGAAAUUAUCCGACAAUUUGAAGUGAGUGGAAGACGUUUGCGUUUAUGUGGAGGUGUUGAAGGUUCUUUGAGUGGUGCAAGUGGAUGGGGAUCGCCACCAUCUAAUGCAUCAUCAAAUAACAAUGCCAAUAACAACCCGAAUGCUGGCCAGUGGGGUGCAACUGCUCAACAAACACCUCAACAGAACUGGAAUCAAGCUGCCCAACAAGCUGGUGCAAGUUCAGCUUCAUCGCAAUCUCAACAAGGUCAACAACCGAAUCCUGGCGCUCAAGGACAAUCACAACAACAACCAGGACAAGCACAAAACCCAAAACCCUUAACACCAGGCGGUCCUUCUGGUGGAUGGAAUCAACCACCACAAGCUCAAAUUCCAAAUCCUGUACAACAGCAGCAGCAAAUCCAAGCACAACAAGUUCCUGGCAAUGGUGGACAAGGAAUAAUUGGUGGUGGAACAUCAGCUGUAGCUGCCAAAAACCAAUUGGAACAAUUGAACUCAAUGCGUGAAGCUUUGUUCGCUCAAGAUGGUUGGGGAUGUCAGAAUGUCAAUCAAGACACAAACUGGGAUGUUCCAGGUUCACCUGAACCUGGCCCAAGAACUGGCGAUCCAGCUGCAGCAACGCAAUGGAAAAGUCAUACAAUCAACAAUGGUACUGAAUUAUGGGAGGCUAAUUUGCGUAAUGGUGGACAACCACCACCACAACCUGUUCAAAAGACCCCAUGGAAUCAUACACCAACAUCUAAUAUUGGUGGAACCUGGGGUGAAGAUGAUGAUGGCAAUGGUGAUAAUAGUGUUUGGGCUGGCAAUCAAAAUCAGCAAGCUCCAGGAUGGAAUCAAGGUAGCGGUGCUAGUGCAAAUGCGGGAGCAGCAAGUGCUACUGCAAUGUGGCCAGCAACACCAGGUGUUGGUGGUGUAAAUGCCAAUAUUCCGAAAAAAGAAAAUGAAUGGGGUGGAGCUGGUGGUCCAGGAGCUUCUUCCAACUGGGGUGAUCCACGUGAAGCAAUGCGUGCAAACGCUGAUACUGGUGCGGGACCAAUUGAUAUUCGUAACAUUGAUCCACGUGAUCCUAGAGCACCAGGAAGCGUUGACAUGAGAAUGAUGGAACAAAGAGAAAUGCAGGGAAAUGUCCGUGGUGUGACAGGAAGAUUGAAUGGAUCGACUGAUAUGUGGCAGCAUGGUGGAAUGGGCGGUCAUGGGGGUCAAGUGCCUGGAAUGAAUAAGACUGUGGGGCCAGGAGCGGCUGCAGUUAAUAAUCCUCAUUGGCCCGGAUCUCUAGUCGGUAGACCAAAAGACAUUGACAUGAACAAACCAGGUUGGGGUGAUGCAUCACCUCCAGCUGCUCGUCGUCCUAUGGGCGCUGAUGACGGAACAUCACUAUGGGGAUCUCAAAGCCGUGGUCCAGGAGGCGGCGUAGAAUCAAAUUGGAAAGGUGUUCAAGAUCCAAGAAACAGCUUUGUUGGUCGCAAUCCAAUAGGUGGUGGUGGUGGUGCUGGCAAUGCAGGUCCAGGAUUCCCACCAAAUCGUUUACCAGGUGGAGGUGGUGGUAUGAAACCUGAUGGAAAUACUUGGGGAGGCUUGCAUCCAGGUGGCGCUCGCAACACUUGGGAUGAUCCGCAUACACCAAAUUGGGAAGACAAAUCACAUUUGGGUGGUAGUGGAAUAACACCAUGGAAUGAAGCACCGAAUGCAAAUCCAAUGUGGAAUAAGAACAAGCCAUCAUGGCCUGAUAACAGUGACAUUACUAAUGAUUGGUCUCAAACAAAUAAAUUGGGCAAUGUAUCGAGUGAAAUCAUUCGAAGCUCCAAGCAAUUCCGUAUUCUUGUUGAAAGUGGAUUUAAAAAAGACGACGCUGAAAUAGCAUUGCGCACAACAAACAUGAACAUUGAUGAAGCUAUGGAAUUGUUACAACAGCAAAGGAAUAAUUCAGCCAUUGAGCCAUGGCAUCAUGGAGCUGGUGGCGGUGCUUUUGAUCAUUCACCAUUCCCUGGCAAUCGUUAUCCGGGACCACAAACGAUGCCAUUCCCACCGAACAAUCAAAAAUUGCCAAAUUCAAGUGGCGCCGGUCCAGGUGCAAAUCUUGGCGGUGGUCUCAAUAAUUUACCAAUGCAAUUGAAUAAGCAUUUACCACAUCAAGCUGGAACACCAGCAUUUACUCAACAGGCAGCAGCAGCAGCAGCUAGUCAAAGUGGAGCUGGCGGGCAACCGUCAUCACAUCACUUGCGCAACUUAGUACUACAAAUCCAAAAGGCUGUACAAGCUGGCUAUUUAAAUCAUCAGAUAUUAAAUCAACCGCUCGCUCCACAAACACUCCAAUUACUCAAUUCAUUAUUGAAUACAAUCCAACAAUUGCAAUAUACACAACAAAGCAUUCAACGUAAUGGUGGCGUUAACAGUAUUCAAGCUCAGAUGACGAUGCAGAAGCAAAAGCAGCAGAUUUCACAAUUGCAAUCUCAAAUCGCACAACAGCAAUCGCUUUAUAUAAAGACACAAGCAGCAGGUGGCGGAAGUGGUGGUGGUGGAGGCGGCGCUGGUGGACUUGGCGGUGGAAAUGAUUUCCUGCGUCAAAACAGCGCCAGUAACAUGGGAAUGGGAGUUGGUAAUCAUAAUGAUACAAUUGUAUCACUUGGUGAUAAUUUAGCUGGAUUGGGAUUGAAACAAGAACCAACACCUUAUACAUCCAAUACAACUAGUCAACAGUCACGCUUGAAUCAAUGGAAAUUGCCAUCAUCUGCUUUAGAUAAUAAAGCUGGUGAGCCAGAUUUCUCGCGUGCACCUGGAACAACAUCAAAGCAAUCUCUGCCACCGACAACGCCAACAUCGAUCAGCUCAAUUGGUAUUCACAAUGACGCAAGUACAUGGUCAUCUGGUCGUAAUGAUGCUGGUGGUUGGCCUGACUCAACUAUCGAAACAGAGAAUAAAGAUUGGCCAUCAAGCAACCAAUCACCAGCUUUCACUGAUUUGGUGCCUGAAUUUCAACCAGGAAAGCCAUGGAAGGGUACACAAAAGAAUAUCGAAGAUGAUCCAUCAAUAACACCUGGUAGUGUCGCACGUAAUCCAUUGUCAAUAAGUGCCGCAAAAGAGCCCGACAUAUUCGGUUCCAACACCGCAAAAACGUCCCCAAAUGAGAUACUUUCGUCUUCCACAUGGAGCUUCAAUCCAUCCACAACAACGCAACAAAAUUUUAGUAGCACAAUGCCAAAGUUGGGUGCGGAAUCAUCGAAGACUAACAGUUGGUCGGACUCGACAUCAGAUUUGUGGGCACCGUCAUCGAUUCAAAAGACUACAGCCGGACCACCGCCAGGUUUAGGUUCAUCAAAAAAUGGCAAUACACCAGCAGUUACAAGUGAACCAAAUGACUGGAUUGGAUGGAAUUCAUCAUCUAACACAACAAACAGCUCUGGUGGUAAUGGUACAUGGUUCUCGACAUGGUUGUUGUUAAAGAAUUUAACAGCACAAAUUGAUGGAUCAACUUUGAGAACGUUAUGCGUUCAACAUGGUCCGCUUCAACAUUUCCAUUUGUAUUUGAAUCAUGGUCUCGCUUUGUGCAAAUAUAAUUCACGUGAAGAGGCUAGCAAAGCUCAGCAAGCACUCAAUAAUUGUGUCCUUAGCAACACAACAAUUUGUGCCGAAUCACCAAGUGAAACAGAAGUCCAAAAUAUUCUCAAUCACUUGGGCGUUCCAUCAGGAUCUCAAGGUAAUGGUGGCAAUGGAAAUGGAGCGACAGGUACAGCUGGUGCUAAUGCAACUACAUGGCGACCACCAAGUCAACAAAGUGGACCAGCACGUACUGGAUCUGAUUCGACAUGGGGUUCAUCUGAUUGGCCAAAUACGAAUUCAGCUAUCAACUGGUAAAUGAAAAUUUGGCCGACAUAGAAAUGAAACAAAUCCAACAUGACGAAUAAAACAAACAAACAAAACUCAUCCAGAUAAAUAAGGAUGAAAAAAAAACAUUUUAAUUAAAACAAAACAAAAAAUAAUAAUUGCAAUAUCAAUGUAACUUUUAACAUCAUCAACUCUAUAAUUCAUUACAUAAGAUAGAAAUCAGAGGAUUAAGAUAAAUGAUUUCUUUUUCCUUGUUUUUCUCAAGACGUUGGUAGAAAGAAAAAAAACUUAAUUUUAAGCAAAGAAAAAGAAAACUUGAAGAUUGGAUUGCAAAGAUUUUUUUCCUCCUUUUAAUUGUUUUAUUAAGUAACUAUAAUUGAUAAUAAUUGUUAAACAACACAAAUGAGACGCCCCUUACUAUUAUUAUGUCUUAUUAAUUAAGUGACGAGAGUCAAAAGUGAUUUCUCUGAUUUUUAAUAUUUUUUUGUCUUCUUUCUUUUUAUGUUUUGUUUCUGUCCUUCCAAACAUACAACAUUUUAAUUAAUUAAACUAUUCUUUUUAUUUUAUGUUAAAGACGAAAGAAAAUUUAAAGCAAAGCAUGAAAAGGAAAAAGAAAUUUUAAUUUAAUAAAGAAUUGACUCAAAUUGUAUGAAAUUUGCUUUCAUGUGACAACAACUAGUUCAAUAAUGGACCCAGUUCUCAUAAACAAAUCAUAUCCGCUACAUAACCCCGCCCCAGAUCGAAACACAUAAAUGCAAACAAUUUUUUUUUCUUGUGAUUUAAUUAAAAAGAUUUCUUGGUUCUCUCAUGGAUUAAAAGAAAAACGAACACUCACAAACUUGCGUAAAAGGAAAUUACUUUAUUUGCUUUUUUUUUUGAAAGACGAUAGUGAAAAAGUAUUUUUUAUGUUUAUCAAAAGCAUAAAUAAUAAUGAUAUAAAUUAAAUGCGAAGAAAUUGUUUAAGACAAAGAAGAAAAAUCAUCAUCAUGCAAUGCAUUCAAAACAAAAUAAUAAAGGAGGGUAGAAAAAGAAAAAGAAACAUUUGUGAGCAAAUUUUGUAUUCUUUAAGUGACAUAAAACAUAAAAAACAUGAUUCAAAUAUAAUAAGAUUGAUGAAUGAAAUACUACAGACUAAUGAAGACAGAAGAAAAUUGUUCUUUUGUGAAUUUAUUAAGCGAAUCGAUGAACGAGUCACAUUUGGACGCAAGCUUUAGUUUUUAAAUGUGAAAUGAAAGUUUUUAACUUUUGGAUUCGUGACAAAUUGUGAGCUUCUUGUUUUUUCGUUGGUCGUUAGUGAAAAAUUUGCAAAAAAAAAUUAUUAAAAAAAAUGGAAAACACAUUUAUCGAUGGCAAAAGUGAAAAAGAAAAUGUGUUAAAGAUAAUUCAUUAAAGAACAUUAAGAAAAUACCUAUUGUAAAAGUCAAUGUAUCACAUAUAACAAUAAUAAAAAUAUUUUGAAUUUUGAAAUUA